ACGUGACCAAGGGUUGCUAAAAACAGCUCCAUCACCCGCUCUGAAUCAGGGCCUGCAACAAUGUCCUCUAUAGAGAGGAACGUAAAGGACACUUGAUCUCACGGUCCUUGGAAUUGUUUCCAGGAAACACUUGGAGGAGCCCUUCGGGAGCACCAGUCCCCUGGCAGCGCGCUCAGGGACGGCCAGGAAAUGAGUGCUUCUUUGAAUUACAAGUCUUUCUCCAAAGAGCAGCAGACCAUGGAUAACUUGGAAAAGCAACUGAUCUGUCCCAUCUGCCUGGAGAUGUUCUCGAAGCCCGUCGUCAUUCUCCCCUGCCAGCACAACCUGUGUAGGAAAUGUGCCAGUGACGUCUUCCAGGCCUCUAACCCAUACUUACCCACACGAGGAGGCACCACUGUGGCAUCAGGGGGUCGAUUCCGCUGUCCCUCCUGCAGACACGAGGUGGUGUUAGACAGACAUGGGGUUUAUGGGCUUCAGAGGAACCUGCUCGUGGAAAACAUCAUUGAUAUCUACAAACAGGAAUCCACCAGGCCAGAAAAAAAGUCCGAGCAGCCCAUGUGUGAAGAGCAUGAGGAGGAACGCAUCAACAUCUACUGUCUGAACUGCGAGGUGCCCACCUGCUCCCUGUGCAAAGUGUUUGGCGCGCAUAAGGAUUGCCAGGUGGCUCCGCUUACCCACGUGUUCCAGAGGCAGAAGUCGGAACUCAGUGAUGGCAUCGCUGUACUUGUGGGAACCAACGAUCGAGUCCAGGGAGUGAUCAGCCAGCUGGAGGAUACCUGUAAAACUAUUGAGGAAUGCUGCAGGAAGCAGAAACAAGACCUGUGUGAGAAGUUUGAUUAUCUCUAUGGCAUCCUGGAGGAGAGGAAGACCGAAAUGACCCAAGCCAUCACCCGAACACAAGAGGAGAAACUGGAGCAUGUCAGAGCUCUUAUCAGAAAGUAUUCUGAUCACCUGGAGAACGUUUCAAAGCUUGUGGAGUCGGGGAUCCAGUUCAUGGAUGAGCCGGAAAUGGCGGUGUUUUUGCAGAAUGCCAAGACCCUGUUACAAAAGAUCUCGGAAGCAUCCAAGGCAUUUCAGAUGGAGAACGUAGAGCAAGGUUAUGAGAUCAUGAACCACUUCACCAUCAACCUCAAUAGAGAAGAAAAAAUUAUACGUGAAAUUGAUUUUUACAGAGAAGAGGAAGAUGAAGAGGAAGCAGGAGAAAUAGAAGAAGAAGGAGAAGGAGCAGAUGCAGCAGAAGGAGAAGAGGUAGAAAGUGUUCAAAUAGAGUCAUCAGGGGAAGAAGAAAGCCCGGAAAAAGCCUCAGAGCCCUCUCAGCUCUCCUCAGAACUCCAGGAUGCCCCUGGACCAGUCCUUGUGUCCUCUCCAGAACCGCCUUCAUCCGUGGCACCUGCUGCAGAUGUCAUGGUGACACAGGGGGAGGUGGUGCCCAUUGGCUCUCAGCAGACCACACAGUCUGAAACUCCAGGCCCUUCAGCAACGGAAACCACGGAUCCCUUGUUUUACCCUAGUUGGUAUAAAGGCCAAAACCGGAAAACCAUCUCCAACCCACCUUGCACUCCUGGGAGUGAAGGUCUGGGACUAAUAGGGCCUCCUGGUGCUGAGGAUUCCAGUGUGCAGUCAGCAGGAGUGGCAGAAGCCGCAGCCAAUGAGCAGGCAGCAGUGAGUGGUAAGGAAUCUAGUUCACCUGCAGCUACCUCUCAGAUUGGAUUUGAGGCCCCUUCUCCCCAGGGACAGGCAUCAGCCUCAGGGAGUGGCGGUGGGGUUGACUCUGAGCCAUCUCGACAUGUCUUCUCCUUCUCCUGGUUGAAUUCCCUGAAUGAAUGAUUUAUUCUGGCUGCUGCCCCCUGGCAGUCUGGGUGAGAUGCACACCAGGCUUUGGGGAACUUCCAUGAUGCAUAUGAAUGGGACCUCUGGACAGGAUUUCUGAGAGA